CCCUCGCUUGUCAAAAGAAUUAACAGAGACCUUAGGUCUCCGGGAGGAAAUGGGGGUUCACCCCUGUUUGGGGCACCCUCCUGUGGGCAGAAGAACUGGAGGUUUACUUCUCUUUGGAGGACUUGAAUCCCAUUUAAGGGGAAGGCGGAAGAACUGAAGAUUAUGGGGUUAGGCAAAAGAAUUUGGGGGGGCAUCUUAAGGGUCUCCCAAUUUGGAUAUUUCUCUCAUUUUAUUCCCCACCCCAGGAGGUAGGUGUAUCUGGGCUCAGAGAAUUUCUGGUUCCCCACUGGGUAGGCGGGAAACGAAGCAGGUGAAUACCAUGUUAGGAGUCAAGGAUUGGACGGCAGAAGGGAAAUUCCUUGAGGCAGGGUGCGGAGUCGCUGUAUUUGGACUCAUAAUUUUGCAGAAUUGUUGUUUCAUCGUAUUUUGUGACUCCAGAGCCAUUUUGGCCUAUUUAGUUUUCUGAUUGGCUCCAUUGUAAUAGCAAUACUCUGGGGAGACUUGUGAUCAUUCAAGAACAGGAGGAGGAGGCAACUCGUUGGAGGCUCUCAUUAUUGGCAACCCCUGAACUAUGCUGAUAAGGUGGAGAGAAAUUCAGGUACUCAGUUAACCGGUACUUUCUACCACCAUGGGGGAACUUUUCCGGAGUGAGGAGAUGACGCUGGCUCAGCUUUUUCUACAGUCAGAAGCUGCUUAUUGUUGUGUCAGUGAAUUAGGAGAACUUGGAAAGGUUCAGUUUCGUGAUUUAAAUCCAGAUGUGAAUGUUUUCCAGCGUAAAUUUGUAAAUGAAGUUAGAAGAUGUGAAGAAAUGGAUCGAAAACUUCGGUUUGUGGAGAAAGAGAUAAGAAAAGCUAACAUCCCAAUUAUGGACACUGGCGAAAACCCAGAGGUACCCUUCCCCCGGGACAUGAUUGACUUAGAGGCCAAUUUUGAGAAGAUUGAAAAUGAACUGAAGGAAAUCAACACAAACCAGGAAGCUCUGAAGAGAAACUUCCUGGAACUGACUGAAUUAAAAUUUAUUCUUCGCAAAACUCAGCAGUUUUUCGAUGAGGCUGAAUUGCAUCAUCAGCAGAUGGCGGAUCCAGACUUGUUGGAAGAGUCCUCAUCCCUCUUGGAGCCAAGUGAAAUGGGAAGAGGCACGCCUUUAAGACUUGGCUUCGUGGCUGGUGUGAUUAACCGAGAGCGCAUCCCUACUUUUGAGCGCAUGCUGUGGCGGGUGUGCCGGGGGAAUGUGUUCCUGCGACAGGCUGAAAUUGAGAACCCCCUGGAGGAUCCUGUGACUGGCGACUACGUGCACAAGUCUGUGUUUAUCAUUUUCUUCCAAGGCGAUCAGCUGAAAAACCGAGUCAAGAAAAUCUGUGAAGGGUUCCGAGCCUCUCUCUAUCCCUGUCCUGAGACACCACAGGAGAGGAAGGAAAUGGCUUCUGGAGUUAAUACCAGGAUUGAUGAUCUCCAAAUGGUUCUGAAUCAAACAGAGGAUCACCGUCAGAGGGUGCUGCAGGCAGCUGCGAAGAACAUCCGUGUCUGGUUCAUCAAAGUGCGAAAAAUGAAGGCCAUUUACCACACUCUGAACCUCUGCAACAUAGAUGUGACCCAGAAGUGCCUGAUUGCCGAGGUCUGGUGCCCCGUCACUGACCUUGACUCCAUCCAGUUUGCACUCAGAAGGGGCACGGAACACAGUGGUUCCACCGUGCCCUCCAUUUUGAACAGGAUGCAGACAAAUCAGACUCCCCCAACCUAUAACAAAACAAAUAAGUUCACAUAUGGCUUUCAGAACAUAGUAGAUGCUUAUGGAAUUGGAACUUACCGAGAGAUAAAUCCAGCUCCAUAUACCAUCAUUACUUUCCCUUUCCUAUUUGCUGUGAUGUUUGGAGACUUUGGCCAUGGCAUUUUGAUGACUCUUUUUGCUGUGUGGAUGGUGCUAAGGGAGAGCCGGAUCCUCUCCCAGAAGAAUGAGAAUGAGAUGUUUAGCACUGUGUUCAGUGGUCGAUACAUUAUUCUGUUGAUGGGUGUGUUCUCCAUCUACACUGGCCUCAUCUACAAUGACUGCUUUUCCAAGUCUCUUAAUAUCUUCGGGUCAUCCUGGAGUGUCCGGCCAAUGUUCACUUUAUAUAAUUGGACGGAGGAGACUCUUCGGGGGAACCCUGUUCUCCAGCUGAACCCAGCUAUCCCUGGAGUUUUUGGUGGGCCAUACCCUUUUGGCAUUGAUCCGAUUUGGAACAUAGCUACCAAUAAAUUGACCUUCCUCAACUCCUUUAAGAUGAAGAUGUCUGUUAUCCUUGGUAUUAUCCAUAUGAUGUUUGGAGUCACUCUUAGUCUUUUCAACCAUGUCUAUUUCAGGAAGCCCCUGAAUAUCUACUUUGGAUUUAUUCCUGAAAUAAUCUUCAUGACCUCUUUGUUUGGCUACUUGGUUAUUCUCAUUUUUUACAAGUGGACAGCCUAUAAUGCUGAGACAUCUGAGAAGGCACCGAGCCUUCUGAUUCAUUUCAUAAACAUGUUCCUCUUUUCCUAUUCAGAUUCUAGUAAUUCAAUGCUGUAUUCCGGACAGAUAGGAAUUCAGUGUUUCUUGGUAGUGGUUGCACUACUGUGUGUACCUUGGAUGCUGCUGUUUAAGCCACUGGUCCUUCGCCAUCAGUAUUUGAGGAGGAAGCAUUUGGGAACUCUCAACUUUGGUGGGAUCAGGGUGGGCAACGGACCGACAGAGGAGGAUGCUGAGAUUAUUCAGCAUGACCAGCUCUCCACCCAUUCCGAGGACGCGGAAGAGCCUACCGAGGACGAAGUGUUUGACUUUGGGGACACCAUGGUCCACCAGGCCAUCCACACCAUCGAAUACUGCCUGGGCUGCAUCUCCAACACUGCCUCCUACCUGCGGCUCUGGGCCCUCAGCCUCGCCCAUGCACAGCUGUCCGAGGUGCUUUGGACCAUGGUGAUCCACAUCGGCCUGAGAGUGAAGAGCUUGGCAGGAAGUUUGGCGCUGUUCUUCAUCUUCGCCGCCUUUGCCACCCUGACUGUGGCCAUCCUCCUGAUCAUGGAGGGCCUCUCGGCCUUCCUCCACGCGCUGCGGCUGCACUGGGUCGAGUUCCAGAAUAAAUUCUACAGUGGGACCGGUUUCAAGUUCCUCCCCUUCUCCUUUGAGCACAUUCGAGAAGGGAAGUUUGACGAGUGAGCCCUGGUGGGACUGUCACGUUCCAGGCCCCCCUCCCUGUCCUCUCCACAGUGCUUAGCUGUGCCCCUCUGCCGUGGCCUGCGAACCCUGGGCACCAGGGCAUUUGUGUCAUCCCUGACACCCCUUCCCCAGCCAACUGAAUCAUUUAGGUAGAGCGGGUCCUACCUGGUCUCCCACUAUCCCCAGCUUGGUGUGCAGUGUGUUUCUAGGGAGAAGGUGAUCUUUGGCUGACACCUAAUGAGCACUACCCUUGCCCUCCCAGCCUUGCCAGAGGCAUCCCCUUCUCCAUCCCUAGUGGUACCCUAGUUUGUGCAUCCACACAUCACCCUUCAGGCUUUCCCUGCUUACCUUUGAUGGAAGGAGCACCUCUGCCAUCCCACACCCAUACUUUGAGCCCCUUGUUCCUGCCCCUGUAAUUACUGGUAUAGAGAGCAGAACAAGUGUCUGCAGGUUUUCUCUGAGAAGAGGAAGGUGGUGGGUUGGAUCCAAGAAGAUGGUAGUUCCAGCCUCCCUCACCAUCAUCAGAGGGUUUGUUAAUUAAGAAUUCAGUGGGGCCCAAGUGGACCAUCGUGGGUAGCUUCUUCCUCCCCCCCUCCUCCCGAAAGGUCCCAAGAUAUCGAAGACAACCUUCCUAAUCCCCACCUGACACUCACCCUCUCUCCUCCCUCCCAGAUCUCUCCCUGCUUGCACCCAGCACGGCACAGCCCAGCUGGGUGUGACCCACCACAGAGGUCCUGGCUGGCUUCUUAGCACACAGUGUUUCCCUCCCUUUGGUUGGCUGCUUCCUUCCUCUUCUCCCCCAGGCCUCACAGGGGCUCUGCCUAUAGCUGCCCUCUUGAUGACUUUUCCUGGUGGAGACCCUUAGACCCUCCCCCACCCCCAAUCAUGAUGCUGUGGAGCACAGGGCUGUAGUCAUCAAGAGCCUGCAGGCCCACCUUGCUCUGCCCACCAGAGCUGCUUCCCACUUCUGUGUGGACCCCAAGUAGAGGAAGUGGUGUCCUGGGCAGGGAAGGUUGGCAUCACUGGCAGUACUGCCGCAUGUGUUGGUUGUGUGAGCUGCCCAGCCCUGCCUGGUGGGCCUGGUGCUGAGCACCUCCAGGGGCCCCCUCUCUGCCACCCCACACUAGGUGGUCAAGCUCAGGGCCCUUUAAUCAUGUGUUGGUGCAGCAGCCUGGCUGCUGUAGCUAAAUUGAUACCCAGCGCCUUCAGUGAUGGAGAUGAUUCCCUUGACCCUCCCAGGCUAGCUGGCCCUGCCCGAGGGCCACCCUGCUCCAGUGUCCCCAGUGCUCAGUUCUGUGAGGUGAUGUUCCCGUGCUGACCCGACUCAGCCCCUGUGCAGAGCCCCUCCCUUCUUGUCCCCGUGGUUACAUGGUGAUCUCUGCUCUGUGGACAGCGCGGUUUGAAGUAGAGUUCUUUGUCCAGGAACCCUGCUCAAGGCCCUGCUGUUCAGACAUUCUCGUGCUGAAUAAAGUGUGUUGGAUUAUA